AUGUGUGCGUCGGCCACUGCGGCGUUGCUCCUUGCCGCGCUUUCUGCCCUUCCUUGUAGAGGUACUGAUGCCGACGUCACUUCCAAGAUUCUAGAAGACGCCGAGAACCAAGAAAACUCUACGCAACCGACUGUUACUAAAAUCUAUCAAUUACUUCACAACCCAGACUUACAUAAUCAAACUAUAGCUCUAACUUCAACCCCUUCUACUUUACAUACUUUUAGCUUCUACGAUACAGAACCUACAGAUAAGACUUUACAUACGCAUAAUAUAAGUAGAAAAGAUAUGGAUGUUAAUAUAACUAAUGCGGGUGCUAAACUAGAUGUACUAGAUGAUAUGGCAGUUGAACUGAAGAAAAAUAGACAAAGACGGGUUGUGAAUGUUGUGAGAACAGAUGGAGUCACUACAAGUGAUAAAGAGGCGACAACAGUAGUCUCGGUUCGAAGUCCACCACCACAGAUGAUGGAAAAAAGACGCAAGCAAGGGGAGACUGGAUCAAGUGCCCCACUGUUGAAUUACAUAUUCGAUACGUAUUCAAACACACACUAUCAUAAGAACCAAAAAACUGGCCCUGGGAACAGUAUCUACGCGGCAGCAGCACCAGAGAUCGAGGCUCUGGUGGGAUCUGCCACUCACCUGGACUGCAAGGUCGACGCCCUUCACGAUAAACUGGUGUCGUGGGUUCGUCGGAAAAGUGACGAAGAGCCGAUGGAGUUGCUAACGACAGGCACUCAACAGUACACAGCUGACGACAGAUAUUCCGCCCGUUUCAUCCCCCCAGAUAUCUGGAGGCUUGAGAUAAGAGAAGUGCGGGCCACAGAUGCCGCACAUUAUGACUGCCAGCUGUCUGCGCACCCGCCUAGAACGGCCCGUGUCACUUUACACGUGCCAGAAGUAUCAGUAAAAAUAGUCGACGGCGCCGGCGCAGAAGUUUCAGAACAAGUGUGUGAGCUGGGCAGCACGGUUGCCCUUCGCUGUGAGGUGCGGGGUCUGAGAAUGGAGGGAGGGCCUUCCCUAUUAUGGUACAGGAGAGAUGCCUUGUUGAACGACGACACUACCAGGGGUGGUAUCAGUGUCCGCACAGAGUUCGGAGUGAACGGUGCCAACUCAGUACUCCGUGUGGCCAGGGUGCGCAACGACGACGCUGGCCAGUACACGUGCACCGUGGCCAGGGCCCCACCGCCAGGGACCCCACCAGCUCAUGUCAUGCUGCAUGUCAUUAAAGGUGAGAGCUUGGCAGAGCUCCAUCAAAGCGGCGGUCACCUUCGGCUAAAUGAAUACGUUGUGGUCGCAAUAGCGUUGGUCAUCGUUUUACACUACAAUUGA